AUGCAGGGCGUGCAGCUGGAGACGCCGUCCAGGAUAUGGCGGCGUAUACAGGCCGUCGAAAACGAAGAAAUGCCGUCCCUGCCAUCUCUGCCCGUGUUCGAAGACUCUGCUGCCAGCGACUCGCAGUCGGAAAGUCAGGACGACGCCAACGAUAGCGGAGACUUUUUGCCCAUACACUCGACGCCCGCCGUCUCGUCAGUCCAUGGCGCAACCCGUUCUACCAUCCGCCCGCCGUCCAGCACGUCUAGUACCCAACGUUUCGCGAAUUCGAUUGCCUCUCGGUCCACUGCGACCAAGUCUGCGCUCUCUGUGUCCAGAGCGAGCUCUAGCCAUCGACAAGACCAGGACAGCUUUGACGUCAGUAUCAUUCCUAGCAUCCCUAACGUGACACGGGAGGCGGCGGAGAGAGACAUGGAGGAGGAAGACGUUGCGGAAAGGCACAGAAACUUCAAGUCCGGCGCUGCUACUAGUAACGCUGAGGAAGACGAACUACAGGACUUGUCGCUCUCCGACGCUCUCGAACCUGUGAGUCGCAGCAACUCCCCGCGUCCUACACACGCACCCAGCGGAAAGCCGACCCCAAAGAAGAACUAUGACUACUCCGUCAGCUUACGGUCGGAGCCUAAGCCUUCCCCCUUCGACAAGCUGAAGAACGUCUCGUUCCGCCGACCGGCCGCUCGCACGCGGACACCCUCCCUCUCGCGCACGACGCCCUCACCCGAAUCGUCUCCCAGUAACUCUACCCCACGCAGCGGAAACUCCGUCAACCUCUCGCGCGCUGGCUCCGCCUCGCCCCACCCCGCCUCGGCCACGAACAUCCCGCUACAGCGCUCAGCCAAUGCAUCGCCCGCUGUCGGUGGUGCUCAAAGGGGGAGAGCGCACGAGAACUCGUGGGCGCGUGAGCAGGAAACGACGAACGACGUGGAUGUGACCGAGUACGCGCCUGGAGUCCCACAACACGAGGGCAUAUCUGGUUUGGAACACCCCGACCUCCCGACGGACUCCGAAGCCGACCUGUCCCUGUCGCAGCCCAAUCACACCCAGCAGUUCCAACAAUAUUCGGAUCUCAAUAUUGACGGGUCUCAAACUGGCGAAUCUCGAGCUGGCCAGAGUGAAACCCAAAGCCAGAGCCAGGACGAAAGAGAGCCGACGUUCUCCUCAGAGGAAGGCCUGACCGCGAGGAACCCACAAAGCAACCUGCACUCCCCCGCCCCUCUCUCCGUCGCGUUCUCCUCCCCCGCGCCGUCGAUCACGUUCACCCCCACCCCCGCGUUCCAGGCGCGCCCCCGCCCCCGCGCGCGGUUCAGCCUCCCCACAGCGCCUGAGACGCCUCUGAGCGUUUCUGCCUAUAUCGGAGAGGACGAAGACGAAGAAGAUGCCGACGAUCAGCAGCAGAACCUGCGAGGCGCAGACGAUCCGCUCACACCCGUCGCGCACAAACGCUCGUUCCUCCUCUCCGUGAUUAACUCCACCGCGCGCCCGCGGAUCAAGGCCACUCCGCAUCCCAACCGCGGCGUUGCGGAUGCAAGCAGCGUCUCCCAGAACCUACUGACGCCCGCACCCGGGGCGAAGCUGUUCGCGGGGGUGACGCCCCGCCCGCGCCCGCGCGCCGGGGGCCGGUUAUCGCACCCGCUCGCGCAGGGGUGGGUCGCGGAGGAGGCGUCGGGGUCCGACGAGGUGCUCUCGCAGUCCCCGUACGACUCCGCCGGCGAGCGCGCGUCGUUCAUCUCCACCGCCUCCUCGCACGACCUCACGACGCACGCACGCGCGAACACCUCCUUCGACCCUGUAGUGGGCCUCGGGAGGGAGGGCCACGGCGUCGGGCGGUUCAAUGCGACGAAGUUGAACACGUAUUUGCAUGGGUUGAAUCGGCGGCUGCAGGAGGAGAACGAGGUGCUCGUGCAGAGGCUGCGGCAGCUGGAGGAGGAGCGGGGGACGGGGUCGGAUGGCGGUGGGGGUGGGUCUGGGCUGACGGCCAGGAGGGUAAGUGGGGGGAGGCGGGUGAGCGCAGUUAGCUCCCUGGGCGACGUCAGCGAGGGCGGCGAGGAGAAGGCGGUGCUGGAGGACAUGGUCGAGGAACUGAAGGACAAGCUGCAGGGCGUGACGGCGGAGAAGGAGCAGCUCGAGCGCGGCUUGCAGGAGGAGAAGGAGGAGCGGGCGAAGGACAAGGAGCGGUGGAAGGAGAAGAUGGGCGAGGUGGAGAAAGGCGUGAGCGACAUCGUCAAGGAACUAGAGCGUCAAGUCCGCGAGGCGGAGGGCAAUGCCAAGGCUGUGGAGAGCAACAUGCAGAGGGAGCUCCGAAGCCUACAGGCGAUGCUGGCCGCUGUCGAGGACGAACGAGACAUGGCUCUGCAAAGGGCUGAGAAAGCGGAGCAGGUCCUCGAGAGCGGGAAGGAGUUGGGCAGCGAGCUGAGGCAUGCUAACGACAGGCUAGCCCAAGCUAUGGCAGACCUCCGCGGUGCGAAUAUGCAGAUCAAGCAGCUCGAGGAGGACGUUAUCCUCAGCAAUGAGCGGUUGGACGCCCUUCAGCACCAACUCGCAGAGGAGAAACACGCCGCCAAGGAGUCUGCGGAAGACAUGCAGCGGAUGUACACGGACGCCGAUGACGCCGAGGGGCGCUUCGCUGAGUUGGAGGAAGAGCAUGUGCAGACCGUGCAGCAGCUGCAUGACGCCCAGGCCCGCCUUGCGGAGGCAGAGGCCGAAAGAGCUGCCCGGGAGCGGGAACUCGCUGAAGCAAAUGAGAAGCUGCACCAGGCCGAAGCAGACUUGGAACACGCCCACGGUGCUAUAGAAUCCCUCGAGAAGGACGUCGAGGAGCUCGAAGGCCAGGCAGAACGCGCUGGCGAACUAGCCAGGCAGAUGGAGGACGCCCUCGAAGCGGCCGAAACCAGGAUGCUAGAAGACGAGACGCAGACCGCCAACCUCAAGGCUAAGAUUGCCUCCUUGGAGUGGGAGCUCGAGGACGCGAGGAAUCGGGCUGAUCCCUCUAAGAGCAUCAGAUUCGGCGAGCCCGACGCGGAUGUAGACGCUCUUGAAGCUGAGCUACAGGAGGCCCAUAAAGAGAUUGCUAAGCUCAAAGCGACGACACAACAGUCUCCGGCGCGGAAGGCGAUAGAGAAGGCCAAGGACGCUAAGAUUGAGCUUCUCGAAAAUGAGAAGGAGGAGUUGCUCGAGCGAAUCAAAUCGUUGAAGAGCGCCAUGAACGCUGCUACGACUCCAAGCAGGUUCGCUAAUCUUAGCAACAUGUCUGGAGUGUCCCCCAUGCGGAGGCACGUCCUGUCGUUCAAGAGUCCAAAGACCCCUGGCGGUCCUCUGAGAGAGUUGUCUUGGCUGCAAAGUACCGAGAUCGAGCAAUCUGUCGCACCGUUGCUAGCAGAAAUCUCGCGUUUGCAGGACGAACUCGAUCGAGCGAAUGAAAGCAUCGACGAGAAGAUCGAGAAACUCGAAGACGCUGGAUUGGGCGUUGUCGAGCUUACCAAGAGACUAGACGACGCCCGGAACCGGAUAAUCAAUCUGGAAGACGAGAUCGGUAGACUCUCCCGGAGGGAUGAGAGGAGACUUCGCCGCUUGCAGCGCGUACGAUGCACGAAAUGUCACCACAAAUUGGACCUACGUAGCUUGAAUAGGGCAGCGGAGGGUAACGACAGUUCCGUGGACAUAUCAAUGGCCAGCUUUGCAACGGACCCCCCUACUCCACCGACGAAGACGAGCGAUGCCCUGCGUGCCAAUUUGCGUGCUGUGAACCAGGAGCUGGAGUCCAUGAAGAAGCAAUGGGCAGAAGAGAAAAGGCAGCUCCUUGGGGAGAAAGCCGUCCUUCAAGAUGCAGCCAACAGGCUUAACCUACAAGUGGCAGAGGCCAGCAGUGAGGCCAAGAAGGUCAAACAGGACCAUCGUGCUAACGAGCAGGCGAAAUAUAGUCUCCAGACUGAACUUGACAAGACCAAGAGAGUUGUAUCUGAGCUUGAACAAGAGUUGAAGGCAGAACGCUCCCGCCUCCGUGGUUUGACGUCCGAGCGUGGUCGAAUUGAACGGGAGAAAGAUGACAUUCUCCUUCAACUACAGAGGACAGAAUCAGACAUGGAUGAUGUCAAACGACAAUUGCAAGACGCAAAGGAAGAGAACCACCAGCUUGAAGCCGAGUUGCGAGCCAACGCCACGUCGGAACAGAAGGCAAGGCUGCUGGACGUGAAAGUGGCGCAGAAUGCGGAGACUAUCCAGCAGUUGCGAGAAGAGCGCUCUCUCUUGGUUGCCGACCACAAGAAACUGCAGCGCCAGUUUACCGAGGUCUCUGAGCAUCUCAACCAGUUGCGUGACGAGUACGCCGCUUCGCAAACAUCCCACGAGAGUCGGCGUCAUCAACUGGACAUGGCUUUGCAUGAAGUGGAUGAUCUUCGCCAAGCUCUGUCUGCUCAAGCUUCAGAACUUGAACACCAUCGCGCCCAGGCCGAGAACAACCGCUCUGCAGCUGCUGCCAUUGCCGCGCUGGAGGAAGACCUGCGCCGGGUUAAGAAAGAGGCCGAAGCAUUUGGCAGAGACCUUAAGCAGCUGCGCGCAGAAAAGGUCAAGAUGGAAGACGAGAUUGGAAAAGCGCGGCGAAGGGAGAAGCAAGUUGAGGCCAAAGCCAAAGUGCUCGGAGAGCAGUUGGAUAAAGCAAAGACGGCAUGCGAUAAGUGGCAAGGUCAUGUCUGCGCGAUUGACGAAGAGCAACUGUCCGCACUGAAACUCCGGCAUAAUAAAGAAUGCAAAGGUCUCAUCGUCCAGAUCCGAUAUCUCAAGGCCAAGUUCACCCGCGAGUCAGCGUUGAGAUGCGACCUCGGGUAUCAGAAGCGUUACUUAUUAGUUCUUCUGGCUAAGUUCGAAAAGAGCGAGCAAAGGAUACUAGCAGCUAUAGCUCGAGUGGGCUUUGCCGCUCCUCCUGAACCUCCAAGGGCGAGACAGAGGUCACUGAAGAGCGUUGCGCUUUCAGUCAUCUUCGCCUCUAGAGUGAAGCGAGCGAGUGACAAAUGGAGAGCGGAGUGUUCUUCCAGGCAAGCUGUGACAGAAGCACUAGAGGAGGUCAGAAGAAGACGAGUGCAACCUUCAUAGCAUGCGCCUAAGAUUAUAUGAUACACAGUGGAAUGUAGGGGACAUGUUGUAAUUUCCCAUGAUAUUUAGGCUAUUCGCGUUGGUCAUGUAAUAUCUUACUGUAUCAUUCUUAUGAGAGUUUCUUUGCAUAUGUACCGCCCUGUAACCCCCUAAUGUUGCACGGAGACGCCAGGUAGCCUUAGCCAGUGCAAAUCCUGGAAUGAAGUAUCAUCCAAGCGAGGCGUUGGCCGGUUUGGACUUGCAUGCUCUUUGCAUUCAUUUCUGCGGUCCACCAUCAGAAGGCCCUUUGCGACGCACUCUGUGUUGUGCGAUGAU